GGGCGUCGGCUUGAGCGCGGCUGUGUUUGCAGGUGCCACCACACUGCUUGUGCGAGUCUCCGAGUCCCCGAAGCGAUUAGUUUCUUUCAAGUCACUCACGAACGCGGAACUCCCAUUGAAAGGUGCGGGGUUCGAACGCUAAACACAUCUCCCGGGCUGAUCUUAUCCUUUAUUUCUCCUGCUUCCCUCACUCUCCACCAUCUGUCUUCUCUGGGGAAAGACGCGGUGCUAGCGACGCUCAUUUCCAUCGGAGCCAGCCUAUAAAAGUCAAAGCCCCAAAACACCCCGGACAGCCCGGACCAAGAGCAAACUUCACGCAGACUUUGGUUGAACGCGGUUUGCAGCCACCGACUGGGACCGUCCUGAGCCUCGUCCACUGUGCCUGCUGCUGGGCUCCUGGAGAUGAAAUCUCCACUGGAGGAGGACCGCUUCCCCUUCGCUCGGGACCGCAUAAGAGAGGUGUCGGCGUUCGUAGACACCACCGACCUGCUCUCCCUCCUCAAGCAGAGGGAGAAGGAAGUUCACGUGGCCGCCGAGCUGGGCAAAGCGCUGCUCACCGAAAACCAGGACUUGAAGAAGGAAAAGGACAGGUUGGAGGAGGAAUACAGCCAAAAGCUGGAGGAGCUUGAACAGGAGAAAUAUGCAUUACGUCUGAAGUACGAAGGGAGGGAGAGUGAGUGGGAGGCUCGAGUAGCAGAACUGGAAGGAGAUCUGCAACAGUUGCAGCUGGAGAUCCAGAAACAGCAACACUACCUGCGCGAGGUUGAAAAAGUCAAAGUUGACGUGGAAUGUGAUCUAAGUGAACAAAACCAGAAACUGGUGGAUCAACUGAGAAAAGCGACUAAAGUGGAGCAGACCCUUGCCCAUGAGAUCCACGCGCUGAGGGGCAUGUUUAUGGGAAAGGAACUCAUACUGCAUGACAAUGCCACAAGAGCACAGAGUCUUCAGGCUGAGAUCACUCUACUGUCGGAACAAAAAAGUAACCUGGAGCAGUGGAUGGUUACGAUGGAAAUGGAGAACCAGUCACUGAAGAACAGCCACGAUUCGAUGCAAGUACAGUGCUCACAGCUGCAGCAAAAGAACGAGGAUCAGUCGUUGAAGCUGACCCUGUCACAGGAGGACUUCAGCGAGGUGCAGACACUGAACCGACAGCUGCUGAGCCGAAUCCAGGAGUUGAGUGAGCAGCAGAUGAUGCAGGAGUCCACAAGCUGCAAUGCUUCCCUGCUCUCGGAAAUAGAGCAGAGUCUGGAGACUGAGACCUGGGAGGCCGGGAAAGAUCAGAUAAAGAAUGAAAUUGAGAAAAUACAUCAGGAAUUACUGACCUUGAUGGGUGUGAACUGCUCUGACAGCUUGACUGGAUGUCAGACUCCAAGCCUCCAGGCAGCCCUCUCACACCUGAAGGAUUUGGUGCACAGUCUGGUGCAUGGCCCUGAUGCACAGUUUAUCCCAGAUGGUGAGCAGAUGAUCCAGGAGAAGAUGAAAUGGCAGCAGCAACAGUUACAACAGGAGCAAGCAGCGAAUCAAGAAAAGCAGCAGAAGAUUGAGGAGUUUCAGAGACAGGUGCAGUUGCAGAGCACUGAUCUGAUGAAUCUCAGGAAGGAAAAUGAUGGCCUGAGAUGCAGCCAGCAGAACUCUUCUGAUGACCAACAUCUGCAGCAGGCCAUUCGUGAACGGGACACUGCGAUUGCAAAGAAAAAUGCAGUAGAAGUGGAGCUGGCCAAGUGUCAAAGAGACAUGAAGUCGUUGAACUCCCAACUUCUGGAGACUAUUCUGCAGAAAGUGGACUUGUCACAAGAGCUGGAAGCUUGGCAGGAUGAUAUGCAAUUUGUAAUAAACCAGCAACUGAGAAGCCAGCAGCAAGCUGAACAAACCUGGAUGGCUUCCACUGAAAAUCCAAGUGAGAACACGGAUUCUAAAUCUCAUCUUUCCUUUCUCCGAAGAACCAAGAGUCAGAUUACUAUUGGGAAAGGCUUCCUUUCAUUGUUUAAGAGGUGAAAGCUACCUUGACGUCUAUCCUUUCUUUAGACAUUCGUGCACCAGUAUUGGAUUUCACCUAUUUUUGGUGCACAAAAACAUUGUUGCUUGCAACAUUAGUGCCAUUUUGGGUCCCUCCCUUAAAACAUUGUUAAAUUGGAUGAAAAGUUCUCUGGAAGUGUGCUUUUGUAUUUUUUUUUUACCUCAAAUGAAAAAAGUUUUGAGCUGCAUGUUUCCCAAUGGGAGCUGCAUGGAUGAGUCUAUACUGCCAUAGCGAUCACUAGGGAGACUUGUUAGAUCUUAAAAGGAACCCUUCCCCACAGCAGCCAUGGACCAGUUAUGUAACUGGCAGGGUAAUACAUGGGGAACGGGGUGAAUCAAAUUUAUGAGACAUGAUCUCCCACACACAAAAGCACGCUGACUAUACCUAAUCACCCCGUCUUUCCAAAUGUGUGUGUAUCUUACCCUUCAGAAUUCUCUGCAGUAACUUUCUUACCACAGAUGUUGGACUUACUGGCCCACAGUUUCCUGUUUUUUUCUUAGUAGCUCCUCUUGAAGAGAGGCACAACAUUAGGCAUCUCCCAGCCUUCCGCCCCUCACCCACAUCUAACAAUCAUUCAUAUAUCUCAGCCAGGCCUCUGCCGUUCCAUCUCUAACUUCCCACAGUGAUCUUGGAUACACCUGAUCAGACCCAGGAGAUUUAUCUACCUUCAUAUGUUUUAGAACAUUCAGCAUCUCCGUGACUACAAUACAGACUGUCCUCAAUCAUCUCCAUUAACUUUCCCUAGUUCCCAGGUCUCCAUAUCUUUCUCCGUGGUACAAAACAGAGGAGAAAUAUUCAUUGAGGAAUUUGAGCAUUUCUUGCAGCUCCACACAUCGAUGACCACUUUGGACCCUAUUCUUUCUCUAGUUACUUUUAUCCUUAAUAUACUUACAAAAACUCUUCGGAUUCUACUUAAUCUUAUCUACAAAAGCUAUGUUAUGCCUCAUUGUCAAAUACAGUAUAUUGCACAUUAGAUCUUCUAAGCUACCAAUCAGCUUUGUUGGAGGUGCUCAAUACUAUUAUAAUCUAAGAUUAUUGAAGGCUUUAUUAAAAAUAAUAGAGUUAGGUGUUCCAAACGGUAAUGUGUAGUAAAAAUAUGAACAGCUGGCACUGGGCCACCGCUCAUUCACCACAUGUAAAGAGAAAAGAACAUUUAGAUUGGAUUGUAGAGGCUUUGUUGGAACCUCAAGUAUAUACAGGGACAACUUAAAUGUACUGAUUUAUACGGAUGUAAUAAGGUUAUUAUGUACUUCUAGGUUUGUCUUAAUUUCUAAUAUUUGUUUUUAUUUUUAUUGUAACUGUAAUAUA